GGUCAUCUAGGGGCAAGAAAGAUAAGUAAAUAGCAGUUCAUAUGCGAUAAGUAAAUAGAUGUUUUAGAAAGCUAUGACGUAGAGCCGAAGCUAAGUUUGAAAACAACUUCAUUACAUUACAAGCCGAAAUUUGUGUUUAUGUUUCGUCAUAUUCGUCAAGUUUAAAAAUCAACCAUGACCACAGUAGCAGGCCUAGCUACUAAAACUUGGUUGAAGCUUCCUGGAAUGCAAAGUGACCUGUUAAUCUACAACCGAAACACUGGACACUUUUUCUCAUUCCCAGACUUAAAAUGUGCUGAUUCACAAUAUUUUGCACUGAAAAGUCACGCUUUGCCAUGUGACUAUUUCAUUUCGAGAGUCAAUCCAGCCAAAAGUUGCACAGCAACAUGCAAAGGGAGUGCCUUGCAUCGUAAAGGACAUGGACCGCCUGGCCGACUGGAAAUGGAAAUGGCUGCUUUUUGGUGGCAAGUGAUCAUUUACAUGUUAACAAAGUACAGAGGAAAAACAGGCGAUGAGAUCAUAGAACUAGUCUACAGUGAAUGGCCUUUCACGAUGAAGCAAAUCUUCCAGCCCAAGGAAUUAUCCAAGAUCAUGCAUUCCACUUUGGAGCAAUACCAUAAAUUAGCUCUAGCCGAUGUCCGUACCAAACUGGGCUGUAAGCGAGUCUAUUUUGUCAGGUCACACAAUCAAUUAGCACUAGACCUCUUCAAAGAUGAGUUGAAGAAAUCUACUGAUUGGUGGGGCCCCUACAGCCCAGCCGGAACACCAGUCUUGUGCUGCAUAGUCGCCCAGAUUUCGACGAAUCGCGGUCUGAGAGCAACCGGCUUUUCAUCAAAAACAAGCUCCGAAGAUGUAGAUCAAGGGAAUCCAGACAGUUUGGAAAGAUUAAAACAGAUGUUAGAAAUGGCUUGGCAGAAGGCGGAUGAAAAGGAAAGAGAGGCCGAACGAAUGAGAAGAGCCCUUGCAUAUUUAAACUAUAGCAUCGUUGCAGAUGAUUCGGUGCUAAGCCAAGAAAGGAUCGAUGAAAUUAUAAAAAUUGGAGAAAUGGCUGAAAAGGAAGGAAUAGAACCUGGAUACUUGAUUAGCGGUAUAAAUACCGUUGUGACGGACGAAUCAAAACUUCCAGUCGCAACUUCAAGUCAACCGUCUGAUUCAAAUGAAAUGUUGGUUUUUUCUCAGUUAACAUCCGGUCAAGAUGUUACAAGUUCAGCUUUUUCACCCAAUUGUAAUGAAUCUUACCUGGUUGAAAGACGUGAAGAAACCAGCCAAACUGCUAAAGAUCGAUUUGCUGAGAGAUUAACGAGAAAUUCCAAGAAAAUCGGCAGCCAGAAUGGGAUAGAUGUAUUCGAGGUUCCACUCACAAAAUCGACUGGACAACAUUCAAUAUUCGAACGCUACACUUUUGGUGAUACUGACGGCCAAAAAGAAUAUCGAACAGUCCUGGUUUUGGGUGCCUGCAGCUUGGGACAAUCAAAAUUUAUCAAUGGAAUUAUCAAUUUCAUCUUUGACGUCAACAUAGAAGACAAAUUUCGUUUCCAGUUGAUUAGAGAAGAAGUGACUAGUGAGAUGGAGUCCAUUCAAGUCUACGAUAUCCACCACGUCCAAGAUUUUUCUAUUCCCUUUUCACUAACGAUCGUCAACGUUCCGAGCUACGUGACCAACAAGAACGAUGUGGAACUGUUUCGAGAUAAAAAAAUGGUCAAACUUUUACUCGAUUUCUUGAAAGCCGAAAAUAGCAUUCAAGAAAUCGAUAUGAUUUGCUACGUCAUCGUAAAACCAGAUAUCUUCACUUCAGUCUUGUCCAUGUUCAGCAGUGACGUCAAGAAGAACAUUAAUUGUUGGCAACCUAGCGAAUACUUGAGCAACAUUUGUAAAGGGCGGAAGUAUGGACAAACGUUUUUUACCGUCCUAUCAACGAUGAAAAGGAAGUCAUUAAAAGCGACCAAAGAAAUGUUAGAGGAGAUGAAUCUAUUGAGAACUUUUGUGGAGAGGCUUCAACCGAUCAUCAGGUCACAAUCAGAAAAAUUAAAGAAAAUUGAAAGUGUCAAGCUGAUGAUUGCCCCCGCCCCCCAGGCUAAUGACGUGCUAUGCAAUCCUGACAGAAAACGGAGAUUCUCUUCGGAGGCUGAGGAUUUUAUUAGUUUUCUUCAGAAAGAUGUUAACUUGAGGCAAGAAAUGAUGACACUUUUAUUACCAGUCUUGCGUUGCAUUCAACGACUCCGGACUUUGUCUCACCAUAACCCAUUUUUAUCGCAACAAUUGUUUGAUCUAAUCUUGGAAGCAGUUCAACAGUUGAAGCGCAAGUACGGAGGCAGUAAGCAAGCGAAAGUGGACGAACAUGUUGUGCAAACGUAAAAAGGGUGUACCUAUUCGUUGUCAAUGACAUUCUGGGAAAGAUAACUAUGCAUUUUACGAAGAAGACUCAUAAGUUUAAUUUCAACUUAGAAGACUUUUUUUAAACUUUUUUCCCCAUUUUUCUUUUUAAACAAAAUUUUUAUGUUUUCUUUUAUACCAAUGUUUCACGUAACUGUAAACGAUUCAACUAAACGAACAGUGGAUUUGAGUUAUUUUUAUCAUUUGAAGUGAAUUAUAAAACUGAGCUUAUAAUAAAAACAGAUGAACGUCAA